CACAUUUUUUCUUAUUACCAAACCCCCUGCAUAUAGUAAAAUAAUUACCAGAAAAAACAUCGCAUUUUAAUUUCUUUUGUUCGCAAUUUCGAAUUUUUAUCCGUGUAUUUAUAUAUAUGUUUACCGGCGAUGCCAACGGCGGUGAACGUAGCGAAGCAAUGCUUAACAGCGGAAUCAUCCUACGCGCUACAAGAAGCAGUCAACGUGGCGCGUCGACGAGGACACUCUCAAACGACGUCGCUUCACGCCGUCUCCGCGUUACUCUCCCUCCCAACCUCGCUCUUACGCGACGCGUGCGCUCGUGUCCGAAACUCAGCUUACUCUCCUCGUCUCCAGUUCAAAGCUCUUGAGCUCUGCCUCAGCGUUUCGCUAGACCGGAUCCAAUCGGGUCAACAGCAUCCCGGAUCCGAUGAUCCGCCCGUCUCGAACUCUUUCAUGGCUGCUAUCAAACGCUCCCAGGCUCACCAGCGUCGCCUCCCCGAGAACUUCAGGAUGUACCAAGAGAUGAUGUCUCAGAACUCGCUCUCUUGCGUGAAAGUGGAGCUUCGUCAGCUGAUUCUCUCGAUCCUGGAUGAUCCGGUUGUGAGUCGGGUGUUCGGUGAAGCGGGUUUUCGGAGCUCCGAGUUGAAGCUCUCGAUUAUCCGGCCCAUCCCUCACCUUCUCCGAUACUCAUCACCACGACAACAACAACAGCCUCUGUUCAUCUGUAGCGUAACCGGAAAUUAUACCGAACCGGAAUUAAAUCCGGUUCGAUGGGGGUUCAGCGUAAUGAACCGGAAUCUUGCCGGAGAUUCCGAUCACCACCGGAGGAUCAGCGCGGUUUUAGCAAGGGACAAAGGGAGGAACCCUCUGCUCGUGGGAGAAUCUUCCCAAGCUGUGCUAACCGGUUUUUUAAAUUCCUUGGAUAACCGAACCGACGGUUUAACAGCGGUUAGCCUCAGCUCAGAGAUUUUCGACCAAAUCAACGUUAAAUUCGAUAAAACCUACCUCGACGCGAGGUUUCGUGAACUGGAGAAGGUGGCUGAGCAAGGUUCAAGACCUGGUUUGGUCUUGAGUUAUGGAGACCUGAGGGUUUUCACCGAUGGCGAGGGAUCGGCUGCGAGUUACAUCGUUAGUCGUGUUUCGGAGUUGUUAAGGAGAUUAGGGAGGAGAGUGUGGUUGAUAGGAGCGACGACGAGCAACGAAGUUUAUGAGAAGAUGGUGAAGAAGUUUCCUAACGUGGAGAAAGAUUGGGAUAUGCAGUUACUCACCAUCACCACAACUACUCUUGGGUCUUGUCUGCCUCAUCACAAAUCCAGUUUGAUGGGAUCGUUUGUUCCAUUUGGUGGAUUCUUCUCAACUCCUUCUGACCUAAAACUACCCUUCUCCGGUUUUCACAGAGAAACCACCGGACCGGUCUCUUCAAUAUCCGAUCAGACCCAAUCUACCUUGCCACCUUGGUUGCAGAUGACCACAAGAACCAAUUUAAACCAAAUAUCUGGUUCCAAGAUCCCCUCAGUGCAGACCACACAAGGGUUGGAACCAGUUUGCGGAAGCAAGUCGACGAUCAGUGCUUCUGCAUCGACCAGUUCAGCUAAAUCGGUCACGACUGAUCUAAAUGGGAAUAUGUGUCCGGCCACCACAGGAUCUGGUCUCAAGAAGCAUUUGGAUGACAAAGAUUUUGCUCAUCAACGAUCUUCAUCAAGGGAUCUCAACGUUGAGAGCAUCAAGAUUAUAUACCAAAGACUAACCGAUAGGGUUUCAGGGCAAGAUGAUGCUGCCAGAGUUAUCAGCUCAGCAUUGUCACAACCGCCUAGGAUCAGCACUAGGAGAGACGUUUGGCUCCAUUUGGUUGGGCCUGAUACCGUAGGCAAGAGGAGAAUGUCGCUUGUGCUUGCUGAGAUUAUGUAUCAAAGUGAACACAGAUUCAUGCCCGUUGAUCUUGGUGCUGCGGAGCACGGAAUGGGCGGCUGUGAUGAUGUGGUGCGGAUGAGAGGAAAGACAAUGGUGGAUCAUAUCUUUGAAGUGUUGUGUAGGAAUCCUUUCUGUGUAGUUUUCUUGGAGAACAUUGACAAAGCCGACGAGAAGCUGCAGAUGAGCUUGCUAAAGGCUAUAGAAACUGGAAAGUUUAUGGAUUCGCAUGGGAGAGAAAUCGGAAUCGGAAACACCACGUUUGUUAUGACUUCAUCUUCGGUAGAUGACUACGGAACAUUAGCUGCUUAUUCUGAAGAGAAACUCUUGAGAGCAAAGGGAAGGCAAGUGGAGAUACAGAUUGAAACUGUGUCCAGGUUGCCAAAUGUGAGAACGGUUUCUAGAUUGAGAUCGGUGAAAAAGAGGAAGGUGAUAGGAAAACAGUUGAACAGAGCAACUAAUGCAGUUCUUGAUUUGAACCUUCCGGCACAAGAAACCGAACCCGAGGAUAGUGAAGAAAACUCAAAGGUUUGGUUAGUGAAUUUGAAGAAACACAGCCGUCUCACUGAGGUUCCUUUUAAGCCUUUCGACUUUGAAGGAUUAGCAGAAAGAAUUUAAAAAAGCGUAAAAGAGAUUUUUGAAAAAUGCGUGAGAUCAUCAGAUUGUUUGCUGGAAGUUGACCCUAAGAUCAUGGAACGACUACUAGCGGCUGUUUAUUUCUCUGACAAUAGAAAAGAUAUCAUCAAAGAGUUGAUGGAGAAAGUAAUGGCUCGAGUGUUCUUGCAUGUUAAAGAAAGGUAUGAAAUCACUUCUUGUUCUGUAGUAAAACUGGUUGGUCGAGAUCUUGACAUUUUUCUCGAGGAUCAAAUGGACUUGUUCCUUGUAAAAUCUCAGUAGGUUAAGAUUUUUUUUUUUUGAACACAGAUGGUUAAAAUGUAGAUGAAGUUUUAUUUGGGAAGUGUAUAAGAUAAGGUAGAGUUGGUUAUAGGUAUUGUUGUCCUUUUGUGUUGUUAUACUAUUAUAAUGUGUGUUAUGAUGUAUCAUGUCGUUUGAGUGGGUCGUUUUCUUGUUUGUAUGUACAAGUUUCUGUAAAUUAAUAAUUGUUUUCAUAUAUUAUAAACCAAUAGAGCUUUUAAAAA